ACACCAUUAUGACAUCACAACAUGUUCCCAAUGAGACCAUCAUAAUGCUCCCAUCAAAUGUCAUCAACUUCUCCCAAGCAGAGAAACCUGAACCCACCAACCAGGGGCAGGAUAGCCUGAAGAAGCGUCUACAGGCAAAAGUCAAAGUUAUUGGGAUUAUCCAGAUCUUGUGUGGUGUGAAGGUAUUGAGCAUGGGAAUCAUUUUCGCAUCUGCUUCCUUCUCUCCAAAUUUUACCCAAGUGAUUUCUAUGCUGUUGAAGUCUGCUUACCCAUUCAUAGGACCCUUGUUGUUUGUCAUCUCUGGCUUUCUAUCAAUUAUCACAGAGAAAGGGUUAACCAAGCCUUUGGUGCAUAGCAGCCUGGCUGGAAGCAUUCUGAGUGCUCUGUCUGCCCUGGUGGGUUUCAUUCUCCUGUCUGUCAACCUGGCUGCAUUAAAUCCUGCCUCAUUGCAGUGUAAGUUGGACGAAAAGGAUAUACCAACCAGACUCCUUCUUUCUUAUGAUUAUCAUUCACCUUACACCAUGGACUGCCAUAGAGCCAAAGCCAGUCUGGCUGGAACUCUGUCUCUGAUGCUGGUUUCUACUGUGUUGGAGUUCUGCCUAGCUGUGCUCACUGCUGUGCUGCAGUGGAAACAGACUGUCUGACUUCCCUGGAGUGUGCUUUUCCUGCCUCACAGUUACUCAUGUCCUCAAAGACGACUCAUGAUGCUGGAUAUGAAGAACUAUUGACUUCUUGGGAAAAAAUGGAGAAAUAUUAAUUGGAAAGUUGAUUUUUAUGAUAAUAUGGAAAACCUAACCAUUAUAAAAAAGCAAACUUGAGUUUCCUAAAUGUAAGCAUUUAAAGUAAUGCAUAUUUGUUUUAAAAAAUUAUUUCGCUGUCAUUUAUGAUAUGUGUUCAUUGGGGAUCUCUUGGUUUGCCUGAUACUGACUUCAGCAAAAGCACAGGGCUGUAAAUUACCAUUUACUAGACUAGCCAAAUAGUCUUAGACAUUUCCCAGAAAACUAGGCAGAAUGAUGAUUCAAUAGAUCACAGUGAGGCAAAGGAUACAGCUUUUUCUUAUACUCCUCAAUUGUCAACAGGAGUUAACCGAUUUGCUGUGGUGCGCAGACUCUUUUAUCACAGGUGCUACUGAUUUAUCCCAUGUAUUUUACUCAUUAGUGCAUAAAGGCAAACCCCAUAAUGAAGUCUCCGAGUGUACGAAAGUAGCCGGCUUCAAAAUAAAAUCUUUGAGUGCAUACUUUA